UUAACCACUCGCGCCAUCCACUUGCAAAUCGUUCACACUAUGACUACUGAUUCAUGUAUAAUGGCACUAAGAAACGUCAUGGCUAGAAGGGGUGUACCAGCUGUCAUAUACAGCGACAGAGGUACGAACUUUCAGGGAGCAAGCAAAGAGCUAAAUGUUGCUAUUUCAAACCUGGAUCAUGAGCGGAUGGAAGCAGAGUUCACUUCUUCCCAUACUUCUUGGAACUUCAUUCCCCCUGCUUCCCCUCACAUGGGAGGGGCGUGGGAGCGUCUCGUACGAACGGUAAAGCAAAACCUUUCAAAGCUAAAAUCGAACCGAACGUUAUCUCAUGAAGUUCUCGAAAAUCUGCUUGCGGAAAUCGAGAACAUUGUAAACUCUCGCCCACUAACCUGUAUUCCUGUUGACGACGAUCAGUCACCUGUAUUAACUCCCAACCAUUUUCUACUGGGAUCAAGUAAUGGGAUGAGAUCCUGGGUUCCGUUUGACGAUAACUCGAAGGUGCUAAAGAACUGCUGGAAGCUAUCACAAACUUUAGCUAAUCAAUUCUGGAAACAGUGGCUCCGAGAUUAUCUUCCAUCCAUCACUCGUAGGACCAAAUGGUUUAUGAAAACGAAGCCCAUAGCUGUCAAUGACAUUGUGAUCGUCGUUGACCCAAAUUCUCCGCGAAACACCUGGCCCAAAGGUCGUGUAAUUGGGAUUAUGCAGGGGUCGGAUGGACAGGUAAGGAGUGCCACAGUGCAAACAGCCAGCGGAAUCUACGAGCGGCCUACUGUGAAGCUCGCUGUGCUCGACGUAGACGUUAAUGAGAAUGCAGCUUUCCAAGGUUGCAUUGCGAGGGGGAGUGUUGAUUGCGCUACGUCAGAGCCCACUGAACUCCACAUGCCCCUUUGCAAUCGAAACUGAACCGCGACUGUAGUCGCACCCAUACCUAUCGAGAGGACUGUCCAUGAGACGAACGAAAACGUAGAGCAUAGAGGUUGACAGCUAGAGGCGUGAUGAGGAGCGUCGAACAGUAGAUACCGAUAGCUCAUUAUUAUAGAGGACAUUGCCAAUUGUUAAUAGGAAAGCAGAUGAAUUCGUGAAAUAAUCCCUACAAUAUUUAUUUUGUAUUUACCAGUGCUAAGUAGAAGCUAGUCAGAUAUUGCUGAUGAUUUCCCUCUAGCCCAAACUGAAUUAUAAACACUAUCUGGUUAUUUAUAAGUGGUGAGGUUAGCUUACCCAUAGUUUUUUUUUUGUCUCACUCAUAACUAAAAUAUUAUAUAUUUAUAGUCUAGUUAAAGAAUUGAAUUUGAUUAAUCCCUAUCUCCACGAGCCGACGGGUUUUAUGUAUUUAAAUAUAGGUGAGCAAAUUUGAAUGAAAUCCAUUGAGCAAGUAAAUUUAAACAAAUUGGGUUUAUCUAAAUUACAGACGUCAGUUGAUCCAAAAAGAGUAUUCAAACAGAAAACCUAGUUGAGUGGUAGCGUACACUACAGUAAGUCUAGAUUACAGAUAACAGUAAAAUUGAUACUAAAGCUCAUUUGUAUCUACAGGAAUUUUGUAAUUCUACAAUAAAUUAACAAAAUCAUCCAAACCCUACCGC